AUGUCGAAGGCCCAGAGCUUAGUUUGGGAAAACGUUCCCGUUUGGCUUUGUGUUUCCCGUUGCUCAUCUUCCCCAAUUUUAUUUGUUUUCAGCUCUGUUCUCUCUCCUCUAUACUCUUUCCUCCCUGCUCAUUGGUUAAUUAUUCUCCUAAGCCCGCCGGCGCCUGCGACUUCAAGCUUACAGUGGCGAAAGGCAGUAGCAUCUCUUGCGUCUUGGGUUUUCCCACCUGAUGGCUCUGUCAAAGUUAAUACGGAUGCACAUGUUGUUGAUGGAGUAUUGGUUGGUCUGGGGGUGGUAAUUCGGGAUAGUGAAGGAUGUCUUCUUGUGUGUGCGACUAGAAGGUGUCCAGCAACUACUCCAGAGGUAGCAGAAGCUAUGGCUGUGCGUUAUGGGCUUCAGGUGGCAAGGAGACUUGGGUACUCCAAGGUAGUAGUGGAAUGUGACGCCAUCAGUGUUGUGCAAUCUGUAAGAAGAAGGAUCAGUGGCUAUUCUCCUUUAUUUCUGGUUUAUGAUGACAUUUAUAUUGAUAGUUUAUUUUUGAUCAGUUUUGUUUUUUCCAUAUUAAGAGGGCUUGUAAUACCGUUGCACACAUGGUUGCCAGGUGGGAUAUGGGUAGCAAUUCUGAACUUGUUUGUAUUGGUUCGUUUCCCCAGAGUAUUACGACUUUGGCGGAACUUUAUUUAAUUUAAUAAAUGGCUGCGCUACCUUUCUCCUUCAAAAAAAAAUAAAAAAAGUUGGGAAUUGGGGUUGUUAGAAUUUGAUUGAAGAUUGGUCCAAUUGUAUUUGCUAAUACCCAUGUUAAUGUGUAGCUUUAAUUACUGCUAAUGUAUGUUAGGCAAUCUAAUGUAUGUGUAACUAAAGCUCUAGUGCAUUAAAGUACAAUAGAACAAGUUGCUGAUUAGAGGAGCAUUUUGUGAGC